CUCUACAAAGAACUUGGAAGCUGAAAGCAUCAUGUCUUCAGUUGCAGCUUACUACAACGGGAAGUCUGUACUUGUUACAGGAGCCACUGGUUUUAUGGGGAAAGUACUACUGGAAAAGCUUCUGCGCUCCAGCCCUGAUGUGAAAGCCAUUUACAUUCUUGUGCGGCACAAAUCUGGUCAGUCAACAGAAAAUAGAGUGGCAAAUCUGGUGAAAUGCAAGGUGUUUGAUAGAGUCCGACAGGAGUGGCCCAACUUUCAUGAAAAAAUUAAACCAAUCAGCGCUGAACUUAUUCAGCCAAACUUGGCCAUCACUGCUGAGGAUACUGAGGAACUCCUGUCUGAAGUCAACAUUAUCUUCCAUUGUGCUGCAACAAUUCGAUUUGAUGAGCCUCUCAAGUAUGCCCUUCUGCUAAACGCCAAGGCCACACAGCAGCUUCUGGCAUUGGCUCACAAGAUGCAGAAGCUCGAGGCCUUCAUCCAUGUUUCAACUGCCUAUGCAAACUGUAAUCAGACGUACAUAGAGGAGAUCAUCUAUCCUGUGCCUGUGGAGCCUGAUAGACUUUUUGACCUUGCAGAGUGGAUGGAUGAACCUCUCCUUGAUCAGAUCACACCCAAACUGAUCCGGGAUUGGCCCAAUACCUAUACAUUCACCAAAGCCUUGACAGAGCACCUGAUUCAGAAAGAGAAAGGCAACUUAAAUGUUGCCAUCAUUCGGCCAUCCAUCGUGGGAGCCAGCUGGCAAGAGCCUUUCCCUGGUUGGGUUGAUAGCUUCAAUGGAACAAGUGGUUUACUUAUUGCGGCUGGGAAGGGGAUUAUACGAACUGUGAAAUGCAAUACAGAUGCAGUAGCAGAUAUUGUUCCAGUAGAUAUUGCUAUCAAUUUAACCCUUGCAGCUGGGUGGUACACUGCAGUUCACAGACCCAAAUCAACGUUGAUAUACCAUAUUACAACAGGUGGCUUGAACCCAAUUUCCUGGGGACAGAUUGAAAGUUGCGCCAUACUUUCACUCGAGAAGAACCCCUUGGAGAAAGCCUUCAGAGCACCUAAGGCUUACAUGACCUCGAACUACCUGAUACACCAAUAUUGGACAGCUGUUGGCCACAAGGCCCCGGCCUUUCUCUAUGAUUUGUAUUUGAGGCUAACUGGAAGGAAGCCGAGGAUGAUGAAGACCCUAAGUCGCCUGGACAAGACCAUAGCAUUCUUCGACUAUUUUACCAGCCGUUCUUGGGAAUGGACUUCAGACAAUAUGAGCAUGUUAAGGAACCAGCUCAGUCCAAAAGACAAGCAACUAUUCUUCUUUGAUGUCCGUGAGCUGCACUGGUCAGAAUACAUGGAUAAUUAUUGUGCAGGAACAAAGCAAUAUCUGCUAAAUGAAGACAUGUCUGGAAUUCCUGCAGCAAGGAGGCAUAUAAGGAAGCUAAAGACUAUUGGGUAUGUAGUCAAAACCACCCUUCUUGUGAUCAUUUGGCGCCUAUUCAUUGCAAGGUCGCAAAUGGCUCGGAACAUAUGGUUCUUCGUGGUGAACCUCUGCUACAAGUUCCUGAACUACUUCAGAGCUUCCAGCACUCUCAGGCAUUGAACAUACCUGUCUGGUUAUUGACCACCAUCUCAUGGAAAGACCUCCACCUCCUCCAAACAACAGUUGCAGGUGUUCAGGCUUGAUACUUGCAGGGUGUCUCUUAAUUGCUGCAGAAUUCAACAUACAUCACUAUAGGGCUCACUCCAUAUUCUUCUUUUUUGGUUUGCUAAUGCUUUAAUGGACGACCCGCUUCCCUCUCUAGGUCCACCACUUUAAAUACCAAAGCCAUGGUUGAAGAUUUCAAUACAAGUCAUUUUGGAA